AUGCUCUACAUGGAUGCCGAAUUCAUAAGUGGCGUUGUUGUCUCGUACUCCAAGCUCCUCAGGGAAAUAAGCGGAAUGAAGAAGGAGAUCAAAGAGAUCUUGGCAACUGUUCGUAGUGCCCUAUCCCGGAUGAGCACAAUCUGCAGUGCGGGUCAAGCACACCCUGUACCACUUAGAUGUGAAUGUCUAGGCAAUACCCGGAUGUCCUCUUUGGAUGAUAAAGCAGCCUUAAUACUUCCAAAAAAGUCUCUGGAUCGUUGUGAAGUAUCGCCGAGGAAGAAGAAGGAUUAUCACAGAGUCCCUUCAGCUUCCAAAGGUAAGGGCAAAAGAUGCAUGCAGAAUGCCUGCGAUGUAAAUCCUUGCUUCUUCAAGGAGGUCGAGAGAGAAGUAUGCCACGCACAAUGCUCGGAUGAUGUGUCUUAUUGA